CCCUUCUUGUACUCAAAGCCGCACCCAUGGAUUCUAGCAGUAGCCAGAGCCCCAAGGCAGCAUCUCCAACACCGACUACUGCCCCCGCGCCAUUGCUUAGCGCCGAGGCAGCAGCUGCGGUUGGUAUUCUUCCUGCAUCGCAUUGGGCUGAUCAGCCGCUCCCCGAGGAACAUGCAGACGAUGAUACGGCUUCUACGAUUGGAUCGGUUCUCUCCAGCACCGCUUCCUUGAGCAGCACCAUCUUCCAAUACCGCACCCACCAUGGCAGAACUUACCACGGCGAUAUCGGUAAUGCCGAGGGCUGGGAGCCCAACGACCAGCGUCACCUCGAGUCCAUGGAUAUUGCCCACCAUUGCUACACAGUGUGCGCCGGCGGAAAGCUUUUUCUGUCCCCUCUUGACACGAAGAAGGUUCAGAAGGUAGUGGAUAUUGGAACGGGCACCGGCCUGUGGGCAAUCGAUUUUGCCGAUGAAUUUCCCCACGCGGAGGUUAUUGGUACAGACAUCACCCCCAUCCAGCCGUCGUGGGUACCUCCCAACGUCCAGUUCGAACUUGAGGAUUGCAACCAAGAAUGGACUUGGGCCGAAAAUACCUUUGAUUUUGUUCAUUUACGUAUGUUGAUCGGUGUUGUUGAAGAUUGGCAUGCCCUCUUCCGCCAGGCCUAUCGGACCUGCAAGCCAGGCGGCUAUGUUGAGAGCUUCCUUUGUUCCUGCCAUUUCGUAAGCGACGAUGGGUCUGUAAAGCCAGGCACCGCCCUAGACCAAUGGGGAAAUGUUUGCUCUCAGGGCGGCAAAGCGUUCGGAAGAACGUUUGACGUUUACGAAGAGGAUUUGCAAAGGAAGGGGAUGGAAGCGGCCGGCUUUGUCGAUAUCGACUUUAAGGACAUAGUGGUCCCGAUUGGCGUCUGGCAUUCGGACAAGGAUGCUGCAGAACGAGGACUUUGGUGGAAGAUGGUGCUUGAGAUGGAUCUUGAAGGAUAUUUCAACUAUAUCUGCCACAGCCUGCUAGGCUGGAAGCCAGAAGAGACCCAAGCCUUCUGUGCCCAUGCUAAGAAGGAGUGGAAUGAUCCUAACAUCCAUGGCUACGUCAUGGCGCGUUUCGCAUGGGGCCGGAAGCCAGAGUAAGAGUGGUUGUGCUCGCGAAGAAGUUUUGGAUGAGGAGGGGGGGGG